AUGUGCUAUUAUUUUCUAUGCUUCUUUCUUUUGAGCUUCCUGACGGUAAUUUCCACAGAUGAGCCAUAUAUGAUACGUAUUUCUGGGCGGCCAAGACUCCUAAUAAAUCCUGUAACUUUGGAAGUUUCCUGGAAGAACUGUAUUUCAAAAUGUAGAGCGGAUAUCAAUUGUUCGGCGAUCUACAAAAUGUCUGACAUUCAAUGUUGCUAUUUUCUAUUCGGUAGUCUUUUACCUUUCGAACAGGAAGAUUUUAGAGGUUAUAAAAUAGCAUUAAAGAUCCAACUACCAGGAAACAAAUGCCCAACUUCCAAUCCUCUAGUUCCUGGACCAACUUAUUUGACUCAAACUAUCAAUAAUCAACUUUACAAAACUACAGUAACCCUGGACUCUUCAUCGGGUCAUAGCUACAAUGCAACCUACAGUGUCUCUACCUGUCCAAAGAACACGAAACCAUUCCAAAGAGUAGAUUACCUUGUAAAAUGUAUUGGUCUUUUCUUUUUCGAAGCACCUCGUUGUAAUAAUUACGCGCAAGCAUCUGCACUUUGUAAAGCACAGAACGGCACACUGACUGGUCCAGCGAAUGCUGAUGAGUAUGAGUACAUACAAGAUAUAACCAACUCCUCCAAGUACACCUCUAACCCAGACUCCUACACAUAUUUGACCUACUGGAUAGACGGUAAUAGUACAUAUAUUCACUUCUACUACUGGUUCGAAGACUAUACUCACGAUGAAAACUUCAACUAUAAAUGGGAUGUUGAUGCACCAAAAUAUAAAGGAACUGGUUACUGUCUACAUAAUCCAGCCCCUAAUGGACCAUAUAUUGUGGAUAAUCCAUGCAAUUAUACUCUCGAUGCUGAAAGUUCCGUUUGCUGGAGAGGAGCGUUGUGUCAAGUUCCAACGAUAGAAGAAAUGUAUUAA